UUUAUCAUUGGAGAUACUAUAGGAAAAUUAUCUAUUCUAUUAAAAGAAAUAAUAGAAAAAGAGGAGAAAGAGUAGAACUCAUUUCUCAAAAGAGAAACUGUGAAAUCCUAGAUACCCAAAUCCCACUUGUUCACUUAGAGCACCCCCAUUAGUGAACCCCAUGAAAGGAGUUCACAAAGUAUUUUUUUUAUUAUAUUUUUUUCUGUUUGAUUUUUGUUUUUAAAAAAAAAAAAAAAAAAUUAAUCGGACCAAUCGCGGGCCGCCACGUGCCGUGGAGCCCGCGCUACAGUGAUGAACCCGGUUCACUUGGAAGAGGUGGAGAGAGACAAGUUCAUCAUUAUUCAUUAUUUUAAUAUUUUUUUUUUUUUUUGGAAUCUGUGUGAACCCCCCAUAAAUUCACUAAUGGGGGUGCUCUUAUUGCUAGUCAGAUUUUCUAAAAAUCUCCAAAUUUUAUUAUUUAACUUAAAUUAUAUUAAAUCUAUUAGUUUUGUAUUUUGAGAACUCUAAAAGAGUGCUCUAACCAUCAACGUCACUGUAUAAUGUCAAUUAUCUCUUGUAGUUGUAGUAGCCAAACUCAAUGUGUACUUUUAGUUACGUGAGCGCAACUCAAUACUUAUAGUUUACGUGAAUAUGAUCUCUCCUUGUUGAAAUUUAUGGAGGUGGCGGCAAAUCAACAGUUCCAAGAAACAGAAAAUUAGACAUCCACUGAUAUUAUUCCCUCAGACUCAUCUUUCUUGUACACUAUAAAUACUUCUAAACCCUACGCUAAACUUUAUCAUGAUCAUCAUAUUAAAUACAUAUAGAGAUUUAUAUAUUCGUGCUACGACUACAUAAAUCAUGGUGAUUGCUAAGAACCGCACAGAGCACUACGUAGUAUUGGUCCUUGUUCUGAUAAAUAUGGUGGGAUCAGUGUUACUAGCCACUGAAGGACGACCGGUCAAGUAUGGUUCGACAGCUUUGACCCAGUUAAGAGUUUCACCUUUGUACAAUGGAAGCGCAAUGUCUAAGCUUAAACCAGUUGAGUCAUCUGUACAAGAUGUUUCUUGGCUAGCCACGGUGAAGCAGUCCGGACCAAGCCCAGGGGUUGGUCAUCAUCGAGCCAAAGGAUACAAGACCUUUGGACGAGUCAGAGACGACUCUGGUCCUAGUCCUGGUGUUGGACACUAAAGAACAAGACCUACGAAUUUAAAUUAUAAGAAUAUAUAUGCAGAUGUAAUAACUUUACCAUGUUUUAGUAGCCUUUAAGAUGUAACCUUCUUCCAAUAUUUAUGUUUUUCUCCUUUUUCUCUUAUCUUGUCUCUAUUCUCUACGUAAUAAUCAUAUAACCAAGCUUUAAUUAUGUUUUCUACAUAUUUCCAAACGACAAUUUGACAGAGGUAUUCAACACAACGAUAUGCAUUGCGAUUUGCCUAAGAGAAUUCUUCUUUAGUUUCAGGCAAAACUUGGUGGACAGCCUUCUGCAAGUAUAAAUAAAGCAUCGUGAUCUAGGAACUAAAGAAGCCGUGAAACACCUUAUAUAUGGUUCAGUAAGUUUUCAGAAUUUCUAAUGGACGCAUUGCUCUUGACAAGCAAACCUACUAGGCAUUUGACAAAGAGAGACGAAGCCAUAAACCCCUUUAAAUGAUCGAAAGCAUCGACGUUAAGAGAUGCACUGAUAUUUUGAAUUAUCUGAUGGGGAUGUCUCUCUCAAUCAAAGGAUCUUUGUUUAUCUAGAGUAACGCUUUGCCUUGAGAUUCUAAAGAUUCGUGGGAACACUGAAACACGUAAUUAUGAGAUUGGGAACAUGUUUAUAUCCACUACAAGAAAACACACUAUAUUCCGACGGACGUUCCGACGGACAACAAAGCCGUCGAACGCAUUUGACGAUUUUCCGACAGCAUUCCGACGAAAACAAAAAAUAUUACUUCGUCGGAAAUUCGUCGGAAUAUACCGACGACUUUCCGACCAAAGAGUGUGCGUCGGUAUAUACCGACGCAAUUCCAACGACAUUCCGAUUAAAUAUAUAACCGUUACGUUCAUUAGAAAUUUGUCGGUAUAUACCGACGAAUUUCCGACGACAUUGCGAUCAAUAAUAUAAACGUCGCUGUCGUCGGAAGUUUGUUGGUAUAUACCAACGAAUUUCUGACGAACCUUUUGACUGUUGCCGACAAAUACAUAUGACCGUUUUAUAGCCGUUGAGAUAGGAAAAUACCGACGGAAUUCUGACGGAUAUGACCGUUAAAUUUCUGACGAACCUUUUGACCGUUGCCGACAAAUACAUAUGACCGUUUUAUAGCCGUUGAGAUAGGAAAAUACCGACGGAAUUCCGACGGAUAUGACCGUUAGGGUCGUCGGAAUUCUGUCGGAAUGUCGUUGGACUGUCGUAAGCAAUUUCCUAUAAAUACAACCUCUCCUCAUUCAACUCAUUCACUCCUCAUUCUCUCUUCACUCUCUCUAAUCACAACAAUUCCGAGUAAAUCAUGUCUUCAGGAGUUUAUUAUCGUUCGUGGAUGGAUAAACCUCAUAUGGAUCCCAACACCAAUUUACUUACG